AUUGAAUUGAGGGCUAUAUAUAUAUAUAUAUAUAUAUUCUUGAGUAACGGACUGUCAUGGCCUCCUAACUCUACCAAUUCUAUCACAACCACUCGUACUGUUACCACUACUCUUCUUCUUCUUCUUCUUCUUCUUCUGUUAAUUUUCAGAUCUCUGUAUAAUUAAUCAAUGGUGAACCAGCUGGAGAACCUGGUGGAGUCGAUCAAAUCGAAGGUGAGAGCUUUUAAGUCGAAGAGUAAGCCGAAGAAGAGUUACGUUAAGAUGGACAAGAGCUCAAGCGUCAAGGUCGAGAUCCGCAGCAGAAAAGCCAGAAAACUCAUCGACAAGACUCUCAAGGUCGCCGAUCGUCCCGGCAAGCGCACCGUUAAUUGAAUAAUUAUACAUUUUUAUGUAUAUAUAUAUAUUAUAUGUAUGUGUUUUUGUUUUUUAUAUUAUAUAUAUAUGUAUACAUGAUAUAAGACGUCGUCGUUUCUAACGAGAUUCGAUUGAGUCACUUCAUCUCUUUUCAAUUUUUGUAUUGUGGCGAUCCGAUUCUGUGUUUCUGCCAUUUUAUGUUUCUCUCUGUGCUGAGAUCAUUAAGCCUUUGAAACCGUUUCGGAACUGUGCCAAAAAAAUUGCACUGCUUCUUCUUCUUCUUCUUUUUUUUUUUUUUUUCAAUUAAUAGUAAUAAUUUCAGUGGUUGUUCUUGGA